AAAAUAAAAAUGGGAGGACUGAAAAGUGAAAUAAUGAGAUAGUCAAGUUGCCAAGUUGUCCCCUUUGACAUGUCGAAAACUUCUGACCAGGGCGUUUCACUGCAAAUCAUGUUCAAGCUUUUAGUAUUUGUUUCUGGUUUGUAAUUGUCCCGUAAGAUGUUUUGCAUUACAGGAUCUCUCACACAUUUCCCGGUUCUUUCCGUCCUCUUCUUCAACUAAUAACUAAUAGUAAUAACGCCAAGCCGCCUUCCCUCUUCACCGCUUCCUUUCCCUUAUCUCAUCUCUGUGUUUCAAUAUUCGAUUAUUACAACAUCUCUUUGCUUCUUAAGGUUUAGAUAAUGGAUUCAACAGUGUCAAUACUUGCAAAUGUAGUGGGAGCUACCUCUGAUUGGGUGAAAUCAGUCUUUGAGUUUCAAUUCGCAAAAGCUGUGAUAUUUGAGGUCAACAUUGGAGGACAUCUAUUUGUGGAAGGUCUUCUCCUGGUGGUCAUCCUUUUCCUACUGUCUCAGAAGAGUUACAUACCACCUAAAAGACCAUUGACGAAGAAGGAAAUUGAUGAGUUAUGUGAAGAAUGGGCCCCAGAACCACUUAUCCCUUCCAUCACUGAUGAGAUGAAACACGAACCUCCAGUUUUGGAAAGUGCUGCAGGGCCUCAUACUAUAGUUAAUGGGAAAGACGUAGUGAACUUCGCUUCAGCAAACUACCUUGGAUUAUUAGGAAGUCAAGAAUUGCUUGAGACUUGCACUACAGCUUUAGAGAAGUAUGGUGUAGGUUCUUGUGGUCCCCGGGGAUUCUAUGGCACAAUUGAUGUCCACCUUGAUUGUGAGGCCAGAAUAGCAAAGUAUAUGGGAACUCCAGAUUCCAUUCUGUAUUCUUAUGGACUUUCUACGAUGUUCAGUGCAAUUCCAGCAUUUUGCAAAAAGGGAGAUGUUGUUGUUGCGGAUGAAGGUGUCCACUGGGGAAUUCAAAACGGCCUGCAGCUGUCUAGAAGUACCAUCAUAUAUUUUAAGCAUAACAAUAUGGAGUCCUUACGAAAUACUUUGGAGAAAGUUACCCAAGAAAACAAGCAAGCUAAGAAGCUACGGCGAUAUAUUGUUGUUGAAGCUGUGUAUCAGAAUUCUGGCAAAAUAGCUCCAUUAGGUGAAAUCAUCAAGCUGAAGGAAAAAUAUCGAUUCCGCGUGUUGUUGGAUGAGAGCAAUUCCAUUGGUGUGCUUGGCAGUUCUGGUAGAGGUCUAACUGAACAUUGUAAAGUUUCGGCUGACAAGAUAGAUAUAAUAACUGCGGCAAUGGGACAUGCAUUGGCCACAGAAGGUGGGUUUUGCACUGGGAAUGCUAGAGUCAUUGAUCACCAGCGUCUCAGUAGUUCUGGUUAUGUCUUCUCUGCUUCACUGCCUCCUUACUUAGCUAGUGCUGCAAUUAAGGCUAUUGAUAUUGUGGAAGAAAAAACUGAACUUCUUGUCAAACUGAGGCAAAAUAUUGCUAUGCUGACUAAAGGUCUAUCGGAUAUAAAAGGCUUAGAAAUAGUCAAUGAUCUGCUCUCCCCCAUUAUAUUCCUUACAUUAAAGAAGACCACUGGUUCUUCAAUGGGUGAUUUACAAGUGCUUGAAGAUAUAGCUGAUCAUGUCUUGAAGGAAGAUUCUGUCUUUAUUGUGACUUCAAAGAGAUCAACUCUUGAUAAAUGUAAGCUUCCUGUUGGAAUUAGAUUAUUUGUCUCAGCAGCUCAUUCAGAAUCUGAUCUGGCGAAAGCGAGCAAAUCCUUGAAACGAGCAGCAGCAUCACUAUUGCCAGUUCAGGAUUGAUAAAGAUUUACUGAUUUGCUCGUCGAAGAGGCCAGCGUCAAAGAAUCCGUCCUUCAUCAAUGUCUGUAUAUAUUGCAUUUGUUUUGCCCUUGCUGGUCUUUCAAUUUUCCACAUUAAAGCUAUCGAAGGAUCUAAAUAUUGUUGAGAUUGCACGAUCACAGUUGUUGAUUCACUACUAUAGAAAUUCUUUUGUCCAAGAUUUUGCUUUCAUGACCUAUUUCAUAAUUUGUUUAUAAUGGAAAGAAGAAGAGAAAGUGCAAGGUGGUUAGUAGUAGUUGAAUAUUUGAAUGUAUAGACAGUAUUUGUCUCUACUUUGUUGGAGUAAGAAUUAUGAAUUGAUUUUUGUUGAGUUGAAGAUAUAGAAAGUGGUGUUUGUGAUUCUA